AUGAGUCUUUCUUCAAAAGAGAGUAUACCCACUCCUAUCAUCAGCCAUCUAACAGAAGAAGACUAUGAACAUGUAUAUGAACCUGCAGAAGACACAUUCAUUCUCCUUGACGCUCUCGAGGCUGAUGCUACGUUUAUCCGAGAACGAAACCCGACAUUAUGUGGGGAAAUAGGUUCAGGCUCUGGAAUUGUCUCGACUUUUCUAUAUCAUCUCCUAGGACUUUCCACAUACGUUUUAUCGACCGACAUAAACCUUUAUGCAUGUUCAACAACGAUCCGUACGGCUAAAACCAACUCUGUACCAUCUGAUCCUAUCCUCUGUUCUUUGUUAUACCCUUUGAGAGAUCGUAUAUGUGAUCAAGUCGACUUAUUAAUUUUUAACCCUCCUUAUGUCCCUACGGAUCUCGACGAACUUCAGAAUACUCAAAUAGAAAAAGAUAUCGGUGGAUCUUGGGCAGGAGGAAAAGCAGGAAUGGAAAUAACCGAUAUCAUCCUCUCUUCUCUCGAUGAAAUCCUCUCUCCAUUAGGAAUUUUUUAUCUAGUAGCUGUCGAACCUAAUGAUCCUCCUGCUAUCAUCAGACGUAUGAAGGAAAAAGGAUUCGAAUCUAGAAUCGUCCUUCGACGUAGAGCUGGAAGAGAGUUAUUAUCUGUAUUAAGAUUCACCCGAUCAGUAUGA